GGCGGCUCCGGUUCUUCCUACAACUUCCUCAUCCCAAAGACCGAAGUCGAUUUCACUUCAAACAGGAUCGGGCUGAACCUGGGAGGGCGUACUUACUUCUCGGCGGCGGACGACGACUUCGUGAGCAGGCUGUACAGGCGGUCAAGACCGGGUGAGUCCGGGAUGGGGAACUCGCCGCUGAGCACGCCACGGUGCCAAGCUGAGGGAUGCAACGCGGAUCUGAGCCACGCCAAGCACUACCACAGGAGGCACAAAGUGUGCGAAUUCCACUCAAAAGCAUCGACGGUAGUGGCCGCCGGACUAAGCCAGCGCUUUUGCCAGCAAUGCAGCAGGUUCCAUUUGCUGUCGGAAUUCGACAACGGGAAACGUAGCUGCCGUAAGCGACUCGCUGACCAUAACCGGCGCCGCCGUAAAUGUCACCAGUCAACCUCCGCCGCCCACGACUCUGCUGGCAAGCCAACUCCAAAGUCACCCAACGAUUCGGGUAUGAAAUCGUCUCCGUCACCAUCCAAAACGCCGACGACGAUUUCAUUGGAGUGUUUCAGACAAAGGCAGUUCCAAGCGACAGCUAAUUCGUCCUCCACGUCAGCUUCUUCAUCGUCCAAUUCAAUGUUUUUCUCAAGCGGAUAGCUUUCAGUUUCCAGCGAGAUAUUCUAUCUGCUUAAUUUAAUUAUGACAAGUUUAAAGAGUAGUCCCACUGCUAUCGUUUAAACUAGUCGAUAAUGUAAUGCUUUUUUUCUUCUAAUCUUCUUGUUUCUCUCCUUGUCGUACGUUUUAAAUUUGUUUUUUUUUUUUUCUUUUGACUUAAUUAGUAGAGAGGUUUAAAUAAUUAACCAACAACU